CUUAGGAAGAAAUAAACUCCUUAGUCGCAAGCCUUGACCGAUGGGCCAGCCCUUGGGCCGGGGUUACCAUCUCAAUAUAUAUCUAAACCUUCCCUUAAUUGGAAAUUAGACCAAGGAAAAUAGAGAGCGAGUUAAGUUUAUCCCCUUGUCCCCCUGCUCUUUUGCCAUGGCUUCAAAAUUGAAAGAACCCCACGUAGUCAUCUUCCCUUUCAUGGCUCAGGGUCACACCCUUCCAUUACUAGACCUCUCGAAAGCCCUCUCCCAAAGACACAUCAAAGUAACCAUAAUCACCACCCCAUCAAACUCCAUCUCCAUUUCCAACUACAUACCAAAUUACCCCUCCAUAAGUCUUGCCCAAAUCCCAUUCCCUUCCAUCCCGGGCCUCCCCAAAGGCUGCGAAAACACCACCCAACUCCCUUCCAUGGAGUUUUUCCUAACCUUUCUCCAAGCAACCAAACACCUCCAAAAGCCCUUUGAACAAGUCCUUCGCCAAAUGUCCGAAUCCAAUACCCUUCCCAUUUGCGUCAUCUCGGAUUUCUUCCUGGGCUGGACAUUGGCGCCGUGCAAAGCACUCGGAAUCCCGAGGCUUGUUUUCCACGGCAUGGGCGUUUUCUCGAUGGCCGUUGCGAAAACUGCCUGGGUCCAAGCUGAAAGUCACGAAACGAAUUCGAUCACCGAAUCCGAUCCUAUGUACUUGCCGGGGAUCGAAAUCCCCUUUGUUUUGACCGGUGCAGACCUGCCCGAGGGAAUAAACACCCCGCAUCACGAUGACCCAUAUUCGCAGUUCCUGGCGGAAGCGGCCAAGGCCGAGAUCAAUAGCUGGGGCGUCGUCGUGAAUUCUUUUCUGGAGUUGGAAGGGAACUUUGUUUCCCCUCUUGAAUCGUUUUACCAAAAUGGCGCCAAGGCUUGGUGUCUGGGUCCUCUCUGCCUGUACGACGACUCGGAGGAGUGCUUUCAUGGCUCUCUCGAUCGACAUCAACACGAAGUGAUCAUGAAAUGGCUGGAUGAGCAUACCUUGCCAGCCUCUGUGAUAUUUGUUUGUUUUGGCACCCAAGCCCACAUCCCCCCCGCACAACUCGACGAGGUGGCCUAUGGCUUGGAGGAUGCAAAGGUGCCAUUUUUAUGGGUGGUAAGAUCCGACAUAUGGUCUUUACCUGAUGGAAUGGAGGAGAGAGUGAAAGGGAAAGGCUUAAUCAUAAGGGAGUGGGUUGACCAACCUGCCAUACUAAAACACUCUGCAAUAGGAGGGUUUUUUAGUCAUUGCGGAUGGAAUUCAAUACUGGAGAGUUUAUCUGUUGGUGUGCCAAUUUUGGCCUGGCCAAUGAUAGCUGAGCAGGCUUUGAAUGCUAGACUUGUGGUGGAAGGGCUCCAUGUCGGGGUGGGAAUCGAAAAAAUGCAGGGCGCGGACGCUAAAGUCAUUGGUGUGUCACGAGAGGCGAUUUGUAGAGGAGUGAAGGAGUUGAUGGAAGGAUGCCAAGGAAGGAUUGCACGGGAUGAGUCGCAGACUUUGGGAGAAGUCGCCAGGCAAGCAGUAAAAGAAGCGGGUUCAUCUUAUCUUAGCCUCAGAAAACUUAUUGACCAACUAUGUGCAUCUUAGCUCAAGUAGUUGGAUACUGAUCUAAAUUAUAGAAAGUUUGAAAUUUUCAAUAUUUUUAUGGGACCUGUAUCUGUGUUCCACAAUUUUCCAACAGGUUCACGAUGAGUUCUAAAAAUUUGAGUACCUUGUUCUAUUAUCUAUUUUUUCUUAUUCUAUUGUCUAUUCGAUCGGAUAUUAGUAUAUUUAUUAUUGACAUCCAAAAGGUUGGACUAUUA